UUUGGGCCUCUCCAGCAGGGGGAUACGGAGGACGGGAGCUGGUGAUGUCAGAUGUCAUUAGCAUAUUUCUGACUAUAUCUGAUGCUUGCGCGAGGACGCGCCAUUACUGCUGCAGCGCACUGACCAGAGAUCUUCCAGCCAACAGCCGAAACUCUGACCCUCUGCAACAAUGAGCGACAAGCCCGACAUUUCAGAAGUGACCAGCUUCGACAAGACCAAGCUGAAGAAGACAGAGACGCAGGAGAAGAAUCCCCUGCCUACAAAAGAGGUGAUCGAACAGGAGAAGGCGUCGGAGACAUCGUGAAGCCCCUCCCUCCCGUCAUGCACUGUACACCCCCCUUCUCCCGCAUUGCCUUGUUUUCAGUCACUUCUCUUAGCUGUAUAACUUUGUAACCGAAAUUAUGAAACGACAACAAUAACCAAGCUGCACAGCCUGUGGACGGAUGAUGCCUUCGCCAGUGCAGUCGGCCCCGUCCCCUCAACAAAUAGGUCUGCCACAUUAAACACCUUCAUGCUCGUCUUCCUGUCCGCGGAGAUGAGGAGGAUUAGUCUGAGUCGGAGGGGUGGGGGCUGGACUGCAGGAGGUGCGCGUCUCUUCUUCAACACCACCUUAACUACCAUCGACGUGCGGCGCAGAGGCCUAAGGGACGGGGCGUGGCCUGCUUCCCAGGAAGCUCAUCAGCGUCUCACCACCGACACCCAACUUCCUGUGUGGCUGCUUUUGCGCCAAAGCUGAGGCGUCGAGCUUUUUUUUUUUUGGUUUGUUUUUUUUUUUUGAUUUUUCGUCUUCUAAUUUUCGGAAAUGCACAACUUUGUUUGUAUGCUGGCCAAAAUGUAAAUGCCCCAAAAAUGGAUACUGUUGUCUAUCACAAUGUUUUCUUUUUGUAUGUACACGAGGAUAAAAUGUAACUGAUUCCAUCUAGAUCUGGGAGAUGCUCAAAUGGACCUUAUUUACGGUUAAAUUGUAACGCCCUUUUGUCAAGAGUGAUUCGGGAUAGCUUUUGUGUUACAAUCUGUCUCUGAAUUGUCUCAAAUGAGGAAACGGUUAAAAAAAAUACCGGUAAAUUGAUUCCAUGUGUUUGCUUUCAACAGUAGAUCAAAAUUCUUUGGAGUUCCAGCAAUCAUGUUACUCUGCCACACACCAUUACCAGAAAUGGAAAACCGUGAAAUGUUGUAAUAAAAAAGGAUUUGUUACUAAAGAA